AUGAUAGGUUCCACUAGUCACGCUGGAAUGCAAGAAGCUUUAGAUCAAAUGGAGAGCAGUUUGUCCGAAAUUAACGAUGAUUUCGGAAUAGUUUUGCCCGACGAUUUGGAUUUUGAGGAUAAUGACAAGGAGAGAUCGAGGAUUGUGAAGAGAAUAAGAGCGCAGUACUUCGGCGACGAUUAUGUGACACUGGAUGGAGUAGAGCUGCUCUCAUUUUGUUAUACCGACGCUUCGUAUUUGGGACCGAUGAUCCGAGCUGCCAGACCACUGGUGGCAGCGGGUGCCCCGGUUUAUUUCUACGAGUUUUCCUUUGUUGGCGACUUGAAUAAAGAAAUAGUGUCUUCGGUGAAAGUGCAUGGCGCGACAAGAGGAGACGUCGCAAGAUACGUCUUCUGUCACAAGGGGCAGGUUCCUGAUGAGGGCACGAAAGAGAGACAGAUGGUUGCCGUAUUGACAGAGUUGUGGGCGAGCUUUAUUCACACAGGUACGCCGACAGCGAAGAGCGUAGAGUGGCAUCAACUGAAACAGACAACGGAGCUCAACGAGUCCUGGAUUUUGAUAGGAUCCGAAAUCAAGCCGCAAAAAGGGCUUCACUUGGAGCGGCUCAAAUUGUGGACCGAGAUAUAUGAGACGUACUUCAUUCGCUGGUGUUGCGAGUGGAGCGGAAUGAUCAAGGCGUUGGUCUACACUUGGCUAUGGCUGUUUGUCCACGCGCGUUCGCCGCUGUCCACGAGGCCGCACCGCGACGUGGUGACGACGCAAGGCCGCGUCAGAGGCUACCUCUUCCCGAGCCCACCCCACUACGCGUACCUCGGGGUGCCCUACGCCCGCCCGCCCACGCGUUACGACAGGUUUAAGGCCCCGGAGCCGCCGCCCAUAUGGGACGGGAUUUUCGAGGCGAUACACCGGAUGAAGUGCCCACAGGCCGACGAGGAGGGUGCGGAGGACUGUCUGGUGAUCAACGUGUUCGCGCCGGAGCACGCUACAUUGCUGCCCGUCCUCGUGCAUGUGCACGACGGCGGCUUCCAAAGGGGCUGGGGACCGUAUAGAGCGCCAUCGCGUCUACUGAAAGAAAAUUUUAUAAUAGUGACGUUUAACUACCGCAUAGGCGCGUUGGGCUUCCUGUGCCUUGGGACAAUCGAGGCGCCGGGGAAUGCCGGUUUGAAGGACCAAGUGGCUGCCUUUUACUGGGUGCAACGGAACAUCAAAAAUUUCGGGGGGAACCCGAACGACGUCACCGUCUACGGGACCGGCUCCGGCGCGGUGGCGGUGGAACUGCUUCUGCUGUCGGGAUCCACGACGGGACUCCUCCACAGGGUGAUCCUGGAGUCGGGCUCGGCACUGGCGCCGACCUCCGUUACGUACGCGCCGUUCGCCACGGCCCUGGAGGUCGCCUCGUCGCUCGGUUACGAUGGGGACGCGACGCCGGAUAAGAUCGCCCGCUUCUACCAGGAGGUCCCGGCGAGGAGGUUGGCGAACGCCACGGCGGUGUUCCUGCCGUGCGUCGAGCGCGACCUGUCUUCGACCACGGGCCUGCUCGAGAUGGACCCGCUAGACAUCAUGAAGGACGCGCAUUUCCACCACGUGCCGCUGAUGAUCGCGCACACGAACGCGGCGCAGGUGAAAAUCCUCACGGACAACGUGCAGCGGUUCGCCGUGGUGCCGGAGGACUUCAGGGGCCUGCUGCCCAACAACUUGGAGUGCGACGACGAGGACUACAAGCGGAAGCUCGCCGAUCUCGUGAAGGAGUUCUACUUCGGCGAGAACGAGAUCGGCGAGAGCCUGCUUCCGAACUACAUAGACUACGUGAACGACAUAUUCGUCGAGUACCCCGUUGUGAAGUCGGCGAUACUGCACGCGAGGGCCUCCCCGCCGGUAUACCUCAUGAAGUUCGCGUACAAAGGCAGCUUCAGCGGCGCGAAAGAGGAGUUGAUACCGGGCGCGGGACACGGGGACAUAUAUAUGUAUAUAUUUACAAACGAAAUGAUCAGACCGGACGAACAGCUGAUCGCCGAAAGGCUCGUCACGUUGCUUAGCAACUUUAUAAGGAUGGGG